UCUGAUGAAAUGUCUGAUUCUAUAAUAAUGAGUAUUGUUCAAAAGAGUCAAGUGUACAGAUGAUAUUGAUUUAAAAGAGUUAAGUGUACAGUGUAAGGAAAACAAAUUCUUUGUAAAAAAAAUGGCCAAUUUAAUAACUGAUGGUCAUCAAGAUGAUGAUAUGAUUCGAAUGGGACAACAUAAACUUCGAGAUUAUCAGAAACAUUUAUUUCUUGAAGCCAAAAAAGGAAACAUUAUAAUCUGUUUGCCAACAGGUUCGGGUAAAACAUUGAUUGCAUUAUGUUUGAUACGACAUAUGUUUGAACAAACGAUCGGUCCAUAUCCAUCAAUUGCUAAACGAACAUUUUUUCUGGCACCAAAUCGUGCCCUUAUAAGUCAACAAUAUGAAACAGCAAUAACAUUAUUACCAGGUAAAAUAACAAUUGUUACUGGUGAUCAAAAUCCAGAUGAUUUUAGUGAAAAUGAUUGGAUAAAAAAAUUGGAAAAUUAUCAAUUAUUUUUUGUAACGCCCGCUAUUUUAUAUGAUAUAUUGGUAAAAGGAUAUAUCACUCUCAAUAAUAUUAAUUUAAUCGUUUUUGAUGAAAUGCAUUGGGCAACGAAAAAAAGAGGUCGUGAUUCUGGUCAUUUUUAUGCACAAAUAAUGAAAUUUUAUGAAGAAAAUAAUAACAAUCCGAAAGAUAAACCGAAAAUUCUUGGCAUGAGUGCUACGAUUGUAUCACAUAAACCAAAAGAAAUUGAAGCAUUUUCAUGUUCAGUCAAAAAAAUCGAACAACUUUAUCAUUCUCGUGUAAUGACAAAAAAUUUCGAACAUCAUAUUAAUCAUUGUGAAGAAAUUGUUAUUCAAUAUAAAAAUAUAAAUUAUUUUCAAAUUGAAAUUGAUUUUGAUUUUGAAAAAAUUUAUAAAUGCUUUAAAUGUGAUGAUUAUAAAGAUGAUAAUUCGAAUAACAAUAAUGAUUGUAAUUCAAUGAUACAGAAAAAAGAUUAUCUAAAACAAUUUCGUUUGGCUUUUCAAAAAAUUGAAGAAGUUUUAUACCAAACAUUUGGACCUUGGUUUGCUAUCGAAUUAAUUAAAUUAUAUAUACGUUCAUUGGAAACUAUGUCAUUUGAAUUUCGUGAAAUAAUGCAAGAAUUAUUGCAACAAAUUCGUAUUUUAAUUCUUGAAACAAUUAAAAAAGAAUUGGCCAUUAAAAAUCCUAAUGAUAUAAAAUUAUUAACUAAUGAAGAAUUAGUAUCCGAUAGGAUACGUAUAUUACUUUUUCUAUUAGAUCAAUUUCGUACGAAAACUGAACUAACUGGAAUCAUAUUCGUUAAAGAACGUAUCGAUGCAAAUCUUCUUUAUCUUUGGUUAUUACAACUAUCACAAUCGAAUGAAUAUUAUUCAUUCAUUAAACCUGGAUUCAUUUGUGGUUGUUCGUCUAAAGAUUUUAUUAAAUUUGAUCAACCAUAUCACUAUAGUUUAUAUGGAUCGAUGAUAAAAUCAAAAAAUAUUAAUCUUAUUGUGGCUACAGCUGCCAUUGAAGAAGGUAUCGAUAUACCUGUUUGUAAUGUUGUUAUUCGUUAUGAUGAACCGCAAACAUAUCGAUCUUAUUCACAAUCAAGAGGACGUGCAAGGGAUAAAAAUUCUGUUUAUUUUAUUUUUACACCAAACGAAAUGCGUACAAAAAUGAAAGAAAAUUUUGCCGAAUUUUACAAAAUUGAUAAAGCAACACAAAAAUUGGCAAAUAAUUUACAAGAAUCUAGUGAUGAAGAACAAGAUAUAGAAAAAGAAUCUCAAGAAAUUCCGGAUACAAUUAUUAAUAGUAUGGGUUAUUUUAAAAAUGGUCCAUCAACAUUAUAUCCAUUAAAUUCAUUGAAAUUAGUUAAUGAAUAUCUAACAAAAUUACCAAGAGAUUUAUUCAGUGAAUAUUUUUUACCAAUGUAUCAAUUCAUAAAGGAUGAUGAUGAUCAAAUAAAUCAACGAAAAUAUGCAUUUGUAUUUGUAUUCCCUGCCAAUAGUCCAUUAUAUGGACAAUUAAUUCCUGGUGGAUAUUUUUUCGAACAAAGAACAGCUAAAAUUCAUUGUGCAUAUCGUACCUGUAUAUAUCUGAUUCAACAAAAUGAAAUAGGUGAUCGUUUAAAUAUAAUUGAUCAAAAAUUUUUAAUCAAAAAACAUAAUGAAGAUUUAAAUAUUCGUAUAUCUAAACAACAACUUCAAACGGCUGAUUAUAGGAAAAAAUUUUCCAAUUUUUUCACUCAACUAUUAUCACCAUCAAUUAAAACAGAUUUUUAUUAUCUUUAUGCUUUAGAAUUUGAUUUAAUGACUGAAAAAUACACCGAACAACAAAAUGAACAAUAUUUUAAACCAAAAUUUAUUGGCUCUAAUGGUUCAUCAAUUGGAUUAUUGAUUAAAAAUCCAAAAAAACCAUUCGAAGAAAUAUUUUCAUAUUUCUUUUUCAAUUUAUUUCCAAUAAAAUUUCGUUUAAUACCUUGUGGAAGAUUUUUUAAUGAAGAUAAAAUUGAACUUAUUGAACAUUUUCAUCAUUAUCAUGCAUUCGAUUUGAUAUUGGAAAAAUUUCGUAGUGGUCGUUUUGAAAAUAGUUCAUUAAAUAAAUCAAUAAUGAUUGUUUUAGUUAAACGUAAACCAUAUAGUAAACAAUAUAUGAUUGAUUAUGAUCAAAUGGAAAAAUGUCGACAAUGGAUGAUUAUGAUGAAAAAUUUUAAUCAAAAUUUAGAAUCAAUUUCACCUGAUCAUCAACAACAAAUAUCUGUUUAUGAUCCAUCCAAAAUUGAUGAUGAAUUUGAUUUGUAUGGAUAUUUUUGUCAGAAAAAAAUUGAACUUAUGUUUAGAAAAUCUGAUGAAAUUCGUUUACCUACCGAUAUUAUGUCAUCAGAUGAAUCACAAAAAACUUACAGAGAAUAUUUUAGCAAUAAAUUUAAACGAAAUCUUUGUCAUCCAGAUCAACCAAUGAUUCAUUCGAAAAUUUUUCGUCGAUUUUAUGAAAGUUUCGGAUUGAUCAGAUCGAUAAAAACAACUAAUGAAAAGAAAAAAACAUUUCAUAAUUUUCUUCCACGAGAAUUAUUGUACAUUUAUCCAUUAAGUUCAAUAAUUUGUCUUCGUAUAAUGGCCAUACCAUUGAUAUUAUAUCGAUUGGAACAAUUUUCAUUAUGUAAUGAAUUUCUUCAAUCACUUCAACAAUAUGGUAUCGAUGUUGAUCAUUGUGUUGAUCAUGUUGAUUAUUAUGAACAAAAACAAUUUGAAUUAAAUGUUAAAAAAUUACCGUUUGAACAAUUGGCAACAAUUGAUCCGGAUAGUAUGGAUGAAAAAUCACAAUCAAAAAUCUAUCGUCAAAAUACAAUCAAUGAUAAGUUAAAAGAAAUUUUACCUAAAAAAGAUAUUUCUAUUGAAAAAUCAUCAACAUCAUUAUCGGAAGAUUCAAUGGAAAAAUUAUUUGAAAAACUUUUUCGAACAAUUAAAUCUUUUUUGCAUGAAAAAAACAGACAAAAAUCUUCGGAUGAUUAUGGACAAUUUAUUGCACAACUUAAUCCGGAUCAAGAAGCAAUCGAUUAUGGUUAUGUUUCAAUAUUUAAAUUUGUUGGAAAUAUUCGUGAAACAAUUGAUAAUGAGGCAAUAUUUUUCGAUACAUUCGAUAUAAUACAAUGUCCAAAUCCAUGGCAAAUAUUAUAUGGACUUACAUUGGCUAAAGCACAAGAUUUAUGGAAUAUUGAACGUUAUGAAACAAUUGGUGAUGCAUUUAUUAAAAUGACAACAUCAUUAUAUUUGUAUUGGAAAUAUCCAAAAUAUGAUGAAAGCCGAUUGACAACAUUGAAAACAGCAUUGAUUAGUAAUCAAAAUCUGGCUCAAAUUGCUUUAGAGAAAAAAAUUCAUCAAUUAAUUUUCGGUUCAUUAAAUGAAACAAUUUAUGAACUAUUUUUCAAACGUUUUUCUUUCAUGCAUACAACGGAUGAUGAUAAUUAUCUUAGCGUAUUAAAAAUGAAAGAUUUAGCCGAUUGUAUUGAAGCAUUGAUCGGUGUAUUUCUUAUACAUGGAUCUGCAUCUACUGCAUUAGCAUUUUUAGAAUAUCUUGAUCUAAAAGCAUUCGAUCCGACAAAAGCAAAAAUUGAUCUUGAAAAACAUUUACAACCGAAAAAACCAAUAAUCAUUACUGAUAUUUAUCAAUAUAAGGAAUCUAUUGAAGAGAUUCCUUUGUUUGAAAUUGAAGAAAAAUUAUUCAAUCUAAAUCCAAUAAAACAUGAUUCUGAUCUUUUCGAACGUUUUUAUUGUGAAUCAAUGUUGGAUGAAGUGGAAAAAAUUAUUGAUUAUAAAUUUAACAACAAAUACUAUUUACUCGUAGCAUUCACACAUGCUACAUAUGGUCGUUCCGAUUUACUUAAUUCGAUUAUGAUACCAAGCUAUCAACAAAUGGAAUUCUGUGGUGAUGCAAUUCUUGAUCAUUUAAUUACAAUGUAUCUGUUUGUUUGUGAUGAACGAUUAAGUCCACAUGAAAUUACUGAUAUACGAUCAGCAUUGGUUAAUAAUAUGUUUUAUGCACAUAUAAUGGCUAAAUAUCAGCUUUAUAAAUAUAUUCGACAUUCAUCCAUUGCUAUGACUGAUAUGAUUGCAAAAUUUAUCAAAAAAUUUCGCUAUAAUUCUAUUGGAACAUUAUUUGAAUUGAUUAGCAAUGGACAAGAAGAAUUUAAUUCUGAAAAUGUUGAUGAAAUAGAUGUUCCAAAAGUUUUAUCCGAUGUAUUCGAAGCAUUAAUUGCUGCCGUUUAUUUUGAUUGUGAUUUUAAAUUGGACAUUGUAUGGCAAGUUGUCUAUCGAAUGAUUAUCUAUGAAAUUCGCCACUUUUUAAAAAAUCGACCCAAAAUGCCAAUCAAUCGUUUAUAUGUUGAAUAUCCGAUGCAUUCAUUCAGUGAUGUAACACAAGUUGCACAAUCAAUAAAACUACAAUCGACAAAUCAAUUGGAAAUGGUUGUUAAUUUAACAGUCGAACCAUAUGGAACAUUCGAAGGCCGUGGAUAUAAUCGUCGACAAUGUCGUACAUCAGCAGCAAAAAAAUUUUUCACACACCUUCGUAAAAUUGAUGCUAAAUAGUGAAUGCACAUAGUCUUUUUUUCAUCAUCAAUUUUUUAUUUUAUUUUAUUCUUAAUUCUUUAAAGUAACAGUAACACACAAAGGGGCGCUACUUUAAUUAAUUUUCUUUUAGGUUUUUAUUUAUUUUCUUUAUUUACCGAUAUAAAUGGCUAAUCAAUCAAUUAUUUUACUGUGAUUCUUUCUGUUAUUUAAGGCUUUACAAAUUGUUUUGUCUUGUCUCAUUUUCAAGAAUUUUAUAAUUAAAGUGCUUUAUUAAAUUUAUUUUUUAAAAAAUA